AUGAGCCUACAUCAAGUACGUUCAUCACCUCUAUUAGCAAUGGCAACUUCAGCAUUCAAUCUUGCUCCAUCCGAUAAUAUGAUGAUAACUAAUCAAUCGAAUACAUCUCUAGCACGUGAUUUUCAUUCUAUUGAAUUAUGUUUUGAACAUAAUCCAGUGUCUGUUUCAGCAUCUGAAAUUGGUUUUGCUCGUGCAUUUGUUCGUUUGGCGCUUGAACGUCGUCUUUUAUCUCGUCAUUUAUCUGAAUUAUUUUCUCAUAGUAAUCUUUUACAAGCUUUAUAUAAGCGUGAAGCUUUUUUACGUACCGAUGAUGGAGAUUUAAGAAAACAAUUUUUAGCUCAUAUUGAAUCGCUUCAAUUACUUGAUUAUAAAUGUUUUUCAAAUUCUUAUCCAGAUAUUGAUAUUAUUUAUCAUGUUAUUAUUGUUCCUACCAGAGCACGAGCAACAGGAAUUUCUAGUACAACAACUGCUAAUCCAUAUAUUGCAUUAGCUGGUAUUUUGGGAUCAACAAAAGUUAUACCAUUAUCAUCAAAAAAUACACUGGAAAUUAAAUUCAAACACAAAAAUUUGAGUCAAUUAACAACACUUCGAAUCGGUCAUGAUAAUACUGGUUUAACGUCUCGAUGGAAUAUUGAUCAUGUUCUUGUUUGA